AUGACACAGCUACUCUGUCAGGUUACUGGAGCUAUGCCUCAGCCACAGCCGCCUCCACCUCCACAGUCACAACCACCUCCACCACUACCACCACCAAUACAGCCACCACCGCCCCCACAACCACAACCUGUACACAGAUCUCCACUAGAAAGACUGUGGAAGUAUGGGGUAGUUGACUUCAGAGGUAAGAGAGAUGAUGAUCCAGCCGUAGCAGAAUCGACAAGAAUGAAGAAAACUAAAGAAUCAAGGGAAAAUGUCAGAGAUGAAGUUGUGAAGAGCUCAGAACAAGUGUUAUACCAGUCGGAGAAUGCCAUGAAUACUAAUAUUAUUAUAGUUGGAGCAGGUGUUGUUGGGUCAGCUCUUGCUUACACUCUUGGCAAGGAUGGACGGAGAGUGCAUGUGAUUGAAAGAAACCUCACUCUGCCUGACAGAAUUGUUGGAGAACUUCUGCAACCUGGGGGUUACCUAAAAUUAAUUGAGUUGGGCCUAGAAGAUUGUGUAGAAGAAAUUGAUGCUCAACAGGUAUUUGGAUAUGCUCUUUACAAAAAUGGGAGAAGUACUAAACUAUCAUAUCCCUUGCAAAACUUCGAUCAAGAUGUGGCUGGAAGAAGUUUUCACAACGGACGUUUCAUUCAAAGAAUGCGCGAAAAAGCUGCAUCUUUACCUAAUGUAAGACUGGAGGAAGGGACAGUAACAGCCCUACUUGAAGUGGAGGGGACAGUCAAGGGUGUGCAGUACAAAACUAAAAUUGGUCAAGAACUUACUACUUAUGCUCCACUCACAAUAGUUGAUAUCCCCUCUUGUUUUGUGGCAUUGAUCAUAAAGAAUUGUGAACUUCCAUACCCAAAUCACGGACAUGUUAUUCUGGCAGACCCUUUCAUGGCUAUUGAUUCCACCGAAAAUUAA